AUGUCUGCUGAGGGCGAUGGCGACAGCGACACUUGGACACAGCUGGUCACAGACGUGGCCUCCAUCGUGGCCUAUACCCCGCCAAAUCUGCCACCGCCAAGUGUGUCGCACCGAUAUGUGUUUGUGCUUUGGAGGCAGCCGGCCGUGCUAGAUGCAACCAGGAUUCACAAAGCGCUGGGCCUGGCUGAGACUAUGGGUCGAUGGGCGCGGAUUCGUUGGGAUGGGCACAAUUUCGAGAUAGUACGGAGUAAUACUCCGUACUGGGCCUAG